AUAGAAUAUGUAAUGCUAUGUUGACUCCAACCAGAUCCCACCUUAAAAGUACUGGAUUUUACUGCGGAUCGACGUUUCGUCUUUGUCCCAAAUCAGAAAAACAAGAACUUUCAACGACCUUCGCACGCCACCACCGCCCUCCAGGCGCAGUCGCCAUCCUCCCCGGACAUGGGCCUGUCGUGGAGUAAAAGACACCACCACCCUCAAAACCACCACAACUACCCACCCCUCCCUCCGUCAUCCUCUUCUCCCGUCAGUCCUCCCCCAGCAAUUCCAGCUCCCCCUCAACCUACAUCACCAACCCACGCUUCCAAUCCACCCGUCCAACCACCAAGCUAUGCUUUUGCUGCAAACGCCCCUUAUUCUGCACCCCAACCACCGGAGCAACACCCUUAUCCCGCCUUCCGUCCCCCUCCACCUCCACCCCCGCCUCUUCCCCCCUACAACUACAAUUACAACUUCUCCAAUUACUACUCGAGGCCCGUUAAUAAUAUGGGUCAGUACCCCAACUACCGCCCGUAUUACAUCCCCCAAAUUAGCGGGUGGGCCCCAUCAGUUGCACCUCUUCCUCCGCCACCGCCACCACUUCAGCCUGCUCCUUACGUAGAUCACCAGAGUGCCAAGAAGAUCAAGAAUGAUGUUAAUGUUCACAAAGACACCAUAAGGCUUCAAGUGGAUGAGCAGUUCCCAGACUGUCACUUGGUUUCUUUCACUUUUGAUGCUUUGGUUGAUGGCAGUAUUACUAUCUUCUAUUUUGCCAAGGAGGGGGACAACUGUAGAUUUACUCCAGUAUAUCCGGAGAUUGUGCCUGUGAAGGUUCCAUUCCAGAAAGGACUAGGGCAGAAAUUCUGCCAGCCUUCAGGAACUGGCGUGGACUUAGGCUUCUUUGACACUGAUGACCUGUCAAAGCCUGUAGAAGAUAUUUACCCACUUGUAAUAUCAGCAGAAUCACGUGGACCAUCAAUGUCUAUCGCUUCAAGUGAGGAGCUGGAAAAUACAUCUCCUCAUGCCCAAAUCUCUCAGGCUGUUUUAGAAAAGAAAGAUAGUGGAAAUUUUCAGGUGAAAGUAAUAAAGCAGAUUUUAUGGAUUGAUAAUGCUCGUUAUGAGUUGCGUGAGAUUUUCGGGAUCAGCAAUUCAGCUGAAGCUGCCAUCAACGACAUGGAAUCAGGAAAAGAAUGUAUCAUUUGCAUGACUGAGGUCAAGAAUACAGCUGUGUUGCCAUGCAGGCACAUGUGUAUGUGUAGUGACUGUGCCAAAGAGCUAAGGAUCCAGUCAAACAAGUGUCCUGUAUGUCGUCAGCCCAUUGAGGAGCUUCUGGAAAUCAAGGUUGAUGAAGGUAACGACAAUGGACAAAUCCUCUGAUCAUCUAUUCCAAGAGAAAUUUAUGUAGACACCUGCUGAGAAGCAGAGGACUGACCUACAGCUUCCAUAUGAAUGUCAACCAUACACACAAAUUGCAGUUGGGAAGAAUGAUUGCUACUCAUCAGGAUCUGUACAGUUCACAUUGUAAUCAUAUUAUAUCCUUUGCUGAAGUUUGUAAAUUUUACUCCCUUUGAUAGUUUUGUCUUUUUUUUCCUUCCAAAAUUUGUUAAAACUGUAAAAAUAAAUUCUUUUUUCUGAUCCCUGCUUGAGAAUGUAAGUUGAUCUUGCAUGCUA